GUUACUUGGAGGUGUGCAAGAGACGGUUUACUACUUCUACCAAUUGGACUACCUAUCUACCUUACACAGAAAGGAAGAGAAAGGGAAGCCAAGAUUCCCAACUCGCCGCCCACCAUGUCCACUACGCAAACGGAAACGGAAACGUACGUCCACUACCACGACGGCGGUGUCCCAGGUCGUCGACGCGUCCUCACCGGCAAAGCCGCAAAGCCCACCUUUUCCGCCGUGCCCAAAAUCGACUUCCGCCGCAUCUACUCAGACAAGCUCGAGGACCGGCAAGAGCUGGCCAAGGAGGUGGGCGCUGCGUGUCGAGACGUGGGCUUCUUCUACGCAGUGAACCAUGGAGUGGAUGAAGCAGUGCUGGAGGACACGUUUGAGGCGGUGAAGAAGUACUUUGAUCUGCCGACUGAGGUCAAGAUGGAGACGCAUAAUCAGAAGACGGAGAAGUUUAGGGGGUAUGAGGCGUUCUUGGAGGGGAAGCUGGAUCCGAGUACGAGGGGUGACCUAAAAGAAGGCUUCCUCAUGGGCGAAGACUUCACCGACCCCGAGCAACUCGCCCUCCUCUCCCCCGCCUCCCUGCCCACCUCCCUCACCAGCGCACCCCGCAACCAAUGGCCGUCCCACCCCUCGGCGCUCUUCUUCCGCCCCGCAAUCUACCGCUACUACACCUCCAUGUUCCACUUCUCCAAGCGGCUCCUCCACAUCUUCGCCCUGGGCCUCGGGCUCCCCGAAACGCAUUUCGACGCCAUAACCACACACCCGAUGACGAACGUGCGCGCCGUGCACUACCCGCCGCAGCACAGCGACGCAGACGUCGGCAUCGGCGCGCACACGGACUUCUGCUGGUUCACGCUAGUCUGCCAGUCGCGCACCGCGUACCCGGCGCUCGAGGUGCUCAACGGCAACGGCAUCUGGAUCCCCGUGCAGCCGCAGCCCGCCAGCUUCGUCGUCAACGUCGCCGACUUCCUCAAGCUGGUCACGGGUGGCACGUGGCAGAGCACCGUGCACCGGGUGCGCAACAUGGGCGGCGAGGAGCGCUAUAGCAUGCCGUUUUUCUUCAGCCCGAAUGAGGAUGCGCGGGUCGGCGUUGUGGAGCAUUUGAGGAAGGGGGAUAAGAAGUAUGAGGAUAUUGGCGUCGGGGAGUAUUUUCAGAAGAGGCUGGAUAUUGAUCGGACGACGCAUUUGGAUGGGGACGGGAAGGAGGGCGAGAGGAAGAGGCCACGGUAUUGAGGGAUUGGGAGCGCUCCUGUGGAAGGACCCUUUUUGACUGGGGAUAAGGAGGCUGAUUGCCUUUGGGGAGUAAAUAAGCAGUGCUGGGGAUGGGUUUGGAGGAGGAGGAGGAGGAGGAAUCUCCGUCGCCUCGUCGUUCGUUCGCUUGAAGCCCAUUUGUGAGCGUGGCAGGAUGAGAAAGCAGGAGGGCGGGCACUGCGAUAAAGCCCUUGGCCAUGGAGAGAGAAAUCGCUCGUUGUAUGAGUGGCCACGAUUGGUCGGUCGAUAGGCGAGGGAAUCUCGCGGCGCCCGGAGGCUGUAUGUGCUGGGUAUCAAUCAGUGGGACGUGUAACUGAUGGAGUCUUUCAAGAACUGGGGUUGAUCUUGGGUACCG